CCCCCCGGAGGGCAUGGUGGCGAAAAAUUUCUGCCACACCACCCCUGCACCAGGGCCAGGCCGAUCUGGCAACGAACUUAUCGCCCCUCCCCCUCCUCUUCCCCUCGCUCUCCCACCCACUCCGCAUCCUUUCCUCCUCGCUCUCUCCCUCCUUCCCCGCCCCGCUCCGUUUUCUUGGUUGUUCGCGCUUGCGCUCUCCCCCUCUCCCCUCCCCUGUGCGCUCUCCAUCCCCCCUGCCCCUUCUGCCCUGUGAAAGCGCCGCCCCCUCUCUUGGCCCUCUCCUUCUUUCGCCCCUCUCGAUCACCCUCUGCUUUCGUGUGACAACACGUCUCCUCUUACACCUCCCCUUUCCCCUUAGUUUCCACAAUGGCGAACCGGCCCACCUCGAUGGCCGUGUCCGGCAACAACCGGUCUUUCUUCCAGUACAAGCUGGUGCUUCUCGGCGACUCCUCCGUCGGCAAGUCCUCGCUGGCCCUGCGCUUUGUGCGCGGUCAGUUCCAAGAGUUCCAGGAGAGCACCAUCGGUGCCGCUUUUAUGACCCAGAGUGUGCAGUGCAGCGACGGCACGACGGUUAAGUUCGAGAUUUGGGACACCGCCGGCCAGGAGCGUUACCACAGUCUGGCACCGAUGUACUACCGUGGCGCCCACUGCGCGGUGGUGGUCUAUGACAUUUCCGAUGCCAGCACAUUCACCCGGGCCAAGUCCUGGGUCCGUGAGCUUCAGCGCCAGGCCCCGCCCAACAUCAUCAUUGCCCUGGCUGGCAACAAGCUGGAUCUGAGCCACUCGCGCCAGGUGUCCGAGGAGGAGGCCAGCGCCUAUGCCGCGGAGAACAAGCUCCUCUUUGUCGAGGCCUCGGCCAAGACCGAUGCCAAUGUCAAGCUCAUCUUCACCCGCGUGGCGGAGGCCAUUCCCAAGUCCGAUGCCGCCACCGCGGCUCCCCGCUCGCAGGAUACCUCCAGCAAGACGGUCAACCUGGGCGAGGAGGACAACCGCCGGAAAUGCUGCUAAGGGCCGGAGAAACAGCCUCAGGCCGGGGAUGGCGGCGUCCCCUCGUCGCCGUUUUCCUCGUGACUUCGUGUGCAUGCCCCUGUGCUCGCAUGAGCCUGUUUCCCGUGCUCUUCCCCUCAUAUGUCCCCCUUUCCCCCCCUUUUCCCCCCCCACCCCUCCUCUUCUCCCUCUCCCCCUCUCUUCACACUGAGCCAUUUGCGCGUCGCACUGCGCCGACUGCCCUCCCUCUCCCUCUCCCCCUCCUCCCCGCUCCUUCUCUCCCUCCCUCUCUUUCUGCGCGUGUGCGUGCGGGACUCGACGCUGGCUGCUUGUGUUUGUUUGUGUAGGGCCGCCUGUUUGCACAUGUGUGUCGGGGACUCCGUCUCUCAUUUCUCCCGUGUGGGUGGCCCUCCGGCUUGUGUGUGUGUGUGUGUGUGUGUGUGUGUAUGUGCCACGCACUUCUCCUCCCUGUGCAUGCGCAGUUGCAGCUGUGUGCUGUGCACGGCCUUGUGCGCGCGCCCAACCUCGAGCCGGCACCCGCGUGCUCAUGUGCCUGUGUGUGUGUGUGUGUGUGUCUCUCUCUUCGCUUUCCUCCCUCCUCCACACCUCCCACCUGCCCUUGGCCUUUCCUCCUGCUGCUGGGGUCCAAAUAUGUCCUCGCUCACAUGCCCUGGCGUGGUGAGUGUGCGCCUUUCUCCCAUGCGAUAUUGUAUGUUCCCCCUCCCCUCGUGCCACUUGUGCGUGCAUGCUCAUGUACAUAUGGGCUCGCAGGGGCACGCACAUACGGGCACACACACGCACACACACACACA